AGGGUGGCUUGUAGUGAAGUGCGAGAAUUUGAGUAUCGUGAUUCUGAAGCUCAUUACAUGGAGACUUCUCGUUCCCAAGCCAAUGGUGUAAAUGAAAUGCAUCUACACAUUCGUCUUGAGAAGCUACUCACUUUGGGGCCAGAUGGCCAUCAAAUGCUUGCUAUAAAUUCCUUAAUGCUUGAUGGGAAAUGGUCAAAUCAAGAAUCUUCUGUCAAGGAAGUAGUUUCCACUGCUAGGGUCCAAAGUUUAAAGAAACUGGUGAAAGAGAAGCUGCAUCAAUGGCUCAUCUGCAAAGUAAACGAUGAUGGAAAGGGUCCCAAUGUUCUGUGCAAGGAAGGACAGGGUGUGAUUCAUUUAGUAGCAGCACUGGGUUAUGAUUGGGCUAUAAGACCGAUAAUAAUUGCUGGUGUCAAUGUGAACUUCCGGGAUGCUCAUGGAUGGACUACACUCCACUGGGCUGCGUCUUUGGGAAGAGAGCGGACAGUUAGUGUUCUCAUAGCAAAUGGAGCUGCUGCAGGAAAGUCCAGCUGA